AUGGAAUCGUAUGUAGAAGAUCGCGUCGCCAUUGUCGUCGGAGCCACCUCUGGCAUGGGCGUUGAUCUGGCGCAAGAUCUCUGCACGCGAGGAUGGAAAGUCGCUUGUGUCGGCCGCCGUCGCGAAGCGGGCGAGACUCUCUUAAACAGCCUUCCUGCGAACAACGCCCGCUUCUUCCCGGCCGAUAUAUCCAACUACGACGAGUAUGCCAAUGUAUUCCGCGAGGUGCGCAAGCUCUGGGGACGCAUUGAUGCGCUGUGCGCCAACGCCGGCAUUGUCGACACGUCGUCGAUCUACCUCUAUGACUGGAAGAAGCAGAACAAGGGCGUGGAGGAGAUCCCACCCGCCCCCGAACUGAACGUCGUGGAUAUCAACUACAAGGGCGUCGUGUACGGUACUCAAUUAGCAACGCAUUUCAUGCGGCACAACCCCCAGCCCGGAGGGCGCAUUGUGGUCACCGGCAGCAUUGGUGGUGUGUUCCCCCACGAGUCAUACCCCGUCUACUGCGGCACCAAGGCGGCGGUCAAUCAGUUUGUGCGAGGCAUCGCACCGCUGCUCAAGCAGAAGGAGAACAUCCUGAUUAAUGUCGUGAUGCCGGGCAUUGUACCGACACCCAUUGUGCCUCCGGAGAUGAUCGCGGCGGUCACUCCUGAAUGCCUCACCCCGGUCGAAACCAUCCUCCAGGCAUACCAGACCUUCCUUGAAGAUACCACUGGCAUGGCCGGCGAGUGUUUGGAGUGCUCGGCCAACAAGCUGGUCUACUACCAGAUGCCCGAAUACGGCAAUGGGCAUAUCACCAAGCGGGCGGUCACCGUUUGGGAGCCCCUUUUCCGAAUGAUGCACGGCGAGGAUUCGCAGCUGCCCGAGGCCAUUCUAUAA